AUGGUCAUUAACGACGCCACCUUCCUAUUGGAUGAGAGUCUAGCAGCGCUGAAAAAGAUUCACGACGUGGAGCUGAUAAUGGCCAAUAAAGAAGAGUGGGCAGCGCUCGGACGGGAAGAACAACAACAAAGAGAAGGCAUAUUGGAGGAUGCUAAAAGGCAGGUUCGCUCGUGGCUGAUCUACGCGAAGGACACAUUAGAACUACUUGGAUACCUGACAAGAGAUGCUCCACAACCCUUCGCCCAAGAUGUACUUGGUGAUAGAUUGGCAUCAAUGCUCAAUCAUAAUAUAGCACAACUUUGUGGAAGGAAAUGCAUGGAGUUAAAGGUCCGCGAUGCAGCCGAGCGGUUCCAGUGGGAACCACGCAAGCUUGUGGGCCAAGUCGUCGAUGUUCUCGCGACACAUUCCGCACGGUUUAUUGCUCAUGAUGCAGCUAGAUAG